AUGGGAAGCAUCGAAGAACCCAAGAAGCAGCAGCGCCUGCGCUUGCCAUGGAUUGAGACCCCUUUGAUUGAAUCCACCAGUCUCUCCAAAGCUGCCGGAUGCCGAAUCUUCCUCAAACUUGACAACCUCCAGCCCAGCGGCUCUUUCAAGUCCCGCGGCAUUGGAAACCUUGUCCGCAGCCAUGCUGCAGACCCGGCAAACAAGGGCAAACGACUGCACUUCUUUAUCCCUUCUGCUGGAAAUGCUGGUCUGGGAGCUGCAUUUGCGGCCUCUGCCCUCAACUACCCUUGUACCGUUACUGUGCCCCUCAACACCAAGCCAGUCAUGGUCAAGAAGCUGCAGCAGGCUGGUGCCUGUGUUGUUCAGCACGGAAUCAACCUGGAUGAGGCCGCUGUUCGCAUGCGCGAGAUGAUGAAAGAACUUAGUGAUCACCCAACUCCAGGCGGCACCGAGGUUGUCGCCAUCGAAUUGCAUCCCUUUGACCGCCCGCAAAUCUGGGAAGGCGUCAGCACCAUGUCAGACGAACUCGCAUACCAGCUACCUCCGGCCGAGGACGACGACCCGUGUCUCCAUAAGGCGCUUCCCUGUGACGCUAUUGUCUGCUCCGUGGGCGGCGGCGGUCUCAUGAACGGUCUCAUCAUGGGAAUUGAGCGCCAGGCCCCUAUGCUUGAAGCUACCGUGAACACUACGUCUACCAACGGCACAGCCACAGCCACUGCUGCUACCACCCCCACCAGAGACGACAACAUCCAUAUCAUCGCUACAGAGACCCGCGGCGCCCACUCCCUCGCCGCAUCGGUUGAGAAGGGCUCCCUUACAUCUCUCCCUAAGAUCUCAUCUGCCGCCACUUCACUAGGCGUCCUCAGAGUUUCCCAGAAGACCUGGGACUACUACAGCUCUCCGCCAAAGGGCGUCAAACUUCACUCCCUCGUACUCUCGGAUGCCGACGCAGCCCGCGGAUGCCUUCGUCUGGCAGAAGAGGAAAAGAUUCUUGUUGAGCUCGCCUGCGGUGUCUCCGUUGAGGCAGCAUUCGGACCCCAUCAUGCACCCGAAGCCGAUGCUCCACCAGCAAAGAGAGUCAAGCUCAGCUCUGAGGGCAGCGCACCAGUAACUAACGGAGGCUCUGUUGCUCCCGGUAUAGAUAAGACUUUCCUACAGCAGCUCAUUCCAAACUUUGGCCCACAGACUAGAGUCGUCAUUGUCGUCUGUGGAGGAAGCAAUGUCUCCCUCAGUAUGGCUGCUGAAUGGAGGGAGAAGCUUGAUGCCGGCUGGGGUAGCGAUGAUCCAGGCAGCAUCGCCGUCCCACCCACAUCGGCAUAG